GAAAAAGUGAACUCCAGGCACAGAGCAGGAGGUCCACACUCAUCUCCUCCAGGAGCUUUCCUCUGGUUCCAGCCUCAGCCCAAAAAGCAGAGAGAUGUCUGGGUACCUUGCUCUCCUCUUAGCUGCUGCCCUGGUUCCUGCUGGCCAGACUGCCAUGGUCCUGAAGCAGGGGGUUAUCUCCAUGAUCCGAAACACAGGAGGGUCUGCCACCUUGACCUGCGAGAUUUUCAGCCCCACGUUCGACAAUAUCCACUGGUACCGUUACCAGGAGGGGAAGGCCCCGGAGCGUCUGGUGCGCUACUCCAUGAAGAAGUCUGAGUCCGUACUGGACACGGGAUUCAGCGCCAACAAAAUCAGGGCUUUUAAGGUGAAGGACACCAGCUGCAGACUAAUACUGAGUAAUCUACAGAUCAGUGACUCUGGAAUGUAUCACUGUGCCAGCUGGGACGGACGACCUGUUAAAGUCUUUGAUGAAGGGACAAAGCUCAUUGUGACAAAUUCUGUUAUCAAAAAGAAACCACCAAAGCCCAUAUUUUUUCUCCCUACUUUGGAGGAGGUGAAGCAGAAAAAAUCUGGGACCUACAUUUGCCUGCUGGAGGAUUUUUUCCCCAAUGUUGUUAAAACACAUUGGAAAGAAAAUGAGAACUCACAGCCUCUGGCUGCACAGCUUGGACCUAUCACUAUGACCAAUGGUUACUAUUCACAGGUCAGCUGGCUGACUGUGCAAGAAGAGAACUUGUCUAAAAACCUCACCUACUUCUACCAGCAUGAGGAUGUGGGCACAGAACCUGUGGCAGUUACUGUUCCUUCAGUUUUGGAACUUUUCAAAAAAAGUUCCCCUUCAGAAUCCUGUGAGAAAACUGAAGUCAAGGUUGAAGGGCUCCACGAGCAGCAUUUUGCCAACACAUCGGCUUUUUAUACCUACACCAUCCUACUUGCGAAGAGUGCCACCUACUUCAUCAUUAUCCUCUUCUUCCUGUACCAGAAGAGAGUGGCUGGGAGCCAAGGGACAAAGUAGGCGUGCGGAGACGCCCUUCAGCUCUCAGAGAGGGGAGGGUUUGUCUGCGUGUUCUAUUUUGUCUUCUGCAGGCGGUGGCCGGCGGCCAUAUUGUUGGUUCUUCUUAUUUCCCUUCUGCUUAGCAACGCAGCUUUGUUGUAACUUGGAAAACGCAAGUUGGUUUCUUUUAAUCUGUUGGACAAACAGGAAACUUUAGGUUGUAAGAAAUAUGUUACUUUGGGUGCUUCGCUCUAGAUAUCUAUGCAAUUCCUUAUUGAUAGACCUCUUCCCAAUAAAAACUACUAAAGCUCCCUC